GAGAUAGAUCUCAUCUCACAUCACCUAAGGAAUUGCUUGGAAUGGAAUAAAAAUAUGUAUGUAUAUAUAUAUAUAUAUAUAUAUAUAUAUAUAUAUAUAUAGAGAGAGAGAGAGAGAGAGAGAGAGAGAGAGAGAGAGAGAGAGCUAUAACUUGGACGUCAAUCUUUCUCAAUGUCCAAUAUUCAGAUGCCAAUGUAUUGCUUGAUGACAGAUGACAGACCUCACCCCUCACCCAACUCUGAUGGUACCCUCUCAACCAUUUCUCCCCUUCUCCUCUACGUGGGAGAAAUAAGCCCAGCCUCGGCACCACAUUUCCAUAAACAUUUUUCCAUUUUGUUUUGAUCCACAGCCAGAAUAUGGCUAAGAGAUCAGAUUUUGCACAGAAGCUUCUCGAUGAUCUGCGCCUAAGGAAAGAACGAAUGGCUGCUACUACGUCACAUUCUCACAACUCAAACCAAUCCCACCAUUUGCCUAUAGAUGCAUAUGCAUACACCAAGCAAACCUACAGAGGGUCGACAAAUACAAGAGCAAAUGAAAUUGUUAGUUCCAGAAAUAGGGAGAUGGUAAAUAUGUCUAGCAGAAAGCCGAGAUCUGUAAAGAGCUGGGGAAACUUGUCAAAUCAGAUUAUUCCAUACGGGAAAGCCUUUGAGCAUAAUGGAGGGAAACUAAGAAGAGCCGAUUUGUCUUUCACCAAUUCAAUUUUGGGUUUCCUUCACCAAAUUCAGAGGGGAACAAUGGAUAGAGGAGGCAACUUGGAAAGGCAACUAGCUUCAACUAGCCAAACCCUCUCUCGUGUGCGGAUAAAUGAUAUAUCAAAAGGUGCACACAAACUAAACCACAUAUUGAGAGCUUGCUUCUCCAAUGGUGUUAACAUGGAUACAUAUUCAUUAAAUUUUGCAAAGGAACUAUUACAAGGAGCUAUUGAUUUGGAAGAAUCCCUCAGGAUGCUAGUAGACCUGCAGAAAAGUUCAGAGUUUAUGAUUACCUCGCAAGCGCAGAACAAGAAUCGAAUCACGCUAUUGGAAGAGAAGGAGGAGGAGGAUAAUGAAGUGGGUGAGAGGAGAAUGGAGAAAAUGCAACUGGCACAUCCAACUUUCUCGUUUGACAACAAGAUGCAGAGACCAAUUACCAUCACUAACUCUAAGGAAGCCAGAAAGAUAAAAGAUUCUCAGCAGAAACGAAUAUCAACUAACACUGAUGGAACUGCUGACAUUUCAAACCAGACGGUCGGCAAGGGAAGGAUUCCAAACAUAAUAGCCAAACUAAUGGGGCUGGAAAACCAUCCCGAUAAGGACUCGGGUAAUAGUAAUAUUGCAUCAUCCAAGCACUCUGCCAAAGGAAGCAGCAGCACUGCACUGAAGAGCAAACAAAUAGACAAUUUGAUCAAAAACCAAAAAGUGGCUGUUGGAUCCUUCAAAAACCUGAUGUUUGGUGGUCCAGAUACAAAUUUGGUCCUCGAAAACCAAAAGGCUACCUAUUAUUCUGAGUCUGAGGUGGCUGGAAUAAAAGCAUUGAAGGGCUUUGACAAGGCCAACAUCAUCAACGGUUCUGCUUGUCAAAAUUAUGUUGAGGUGAUGAUGGGAAGGAAACAGGAUCACCCACAUAACAGUGGCACGUUGAAGGGAAGAAGCACCGAUGGCAAUGAUGUGGGUCAAAAUCUAAAUAAUUUGCAAGAAAGAAGAUCCCAAGUUAAACCUGCCAUUCAAAUUGCAAAAGAAGAACAUACAGUUACAAACAAGCACAUGCAGAUGAACAAUGAAAAGAAGUCACGGGAUCAUCUCGUAGUUCAAAAGUCAAUACUCUCCACAGGUGGAGGGAGUAAAAUGAGACCCAAGAAUUCACCAAAACAAUCCACCAAUAAUGUUCAAAAGAAGAAAAAGAAAUCAUCCAUAAACCAACCCACACCAUCCAAGAAAUCAAGUGAUGAUCAUGAUCUAGUCGUAUCCAAUGAGAAAGUAAAAGAAAUUAUUAAUAGGAAGAAGUCCUCCCCAAGAUAUCAAGAAUUUGAACGAGCUAACGGGAGACAAACACUCAAGGAUCAUAAACUCGCGACCAGCAACAAAAUAAAGCCUGAAAAGAUUGAACAAAUUUUGAGUAGAAAUAGACAGGAAGCUUGUGAUAGAGUAUCUGGCCAACUCAAUGUCUUAAACGGAGCAGAGCAAAAAAGGUUUAGCAUGUUCGUUGAACAGGACCUGCUUCCUCCUACUACAUUAUACAAUUCUAGCGGUGGUGGAGAUUUGCAAGAACCGGACAAGGAUUUGAAAUAUCAAGCUGUGCAACAGAUAGCAAUCAAUUUGCAAGAUCAAGUUGUUCCUGAGGCACCACAUGAAGGAUUCAAGACUAGUGAAGUUGCAUACCAUAAAAGUAAAACAAACGGAGUUCUGGAAGACAGAAUGGGUCUGAAACUACAAGAUCAAAACAUAAGCAUCCAACAACCACUAACAGAAAGUGAAAACUGCCUCAAGUGGAAUUUGGUCAUGAGUCAAUUAUUCGUCAACACCGCAGAAGCACUUUUCAGACUAAACAUCCCGUUUGGUAUUCUUCAAGGUGGUUGUCAAGACAGUCAAGACCAAAGUAGCAAACUCAUAUUAGAUUGCGGCUAUGAAGUGAUGAAAAGAAAGGGGAUACGGCAGGAACUCAAAGUUCAUACUUGUUCAAAAAUAUCAUCAAUCACUAGUACUUUUAACUUAAUAAGAUCCCUAGAUGACUUGGUUAGGAAGUUGAAUGAGGACAUGGAGAAGCUUAAAUUCUACGGAAGGAAAAAAAGUAGUCAAGUUGAUGUAGAAGAUUACCUGCCUAAGAUGCUUGAGCAUGAUGUCUAUGAUAAAUGUCCAGACAUAGACUGCAUGUGGGAUUUGGGUUGGAAUGAUGAGACAUUUGCAUUUAUCGAAAAAUAUGAUGUUAUAAGGGAUACAGAAAAGCAUAUCCUUAGUGUACUUCUGGAUGAGAUCACCACAGAUUAUUGCACGAUCAAGGAGGAUUGAUUGAAUAUGAUAACCAUACCAUGAAAGAGUGGAUUGGGUGCAAGUUCUUUAUGUGAUCACGUUAUUUGCAAUACAAUUUUGUUCGUUGUAAGUUUGUAGUUUGUAACUGGUAAAGGAGUUCUGAACAACAAGUUUUCAUUUGAUGAUUUCUAGCUUUACAGUGGAAAAAAAACAUAUCAAUCGUGAUUGAAUGAUUAUGCAAAA